GUCUCAUGGCGGAUUUAAUUUAAUUUAAUUUGAUUUUUCUUUUCUGGUUAUCCAAACUAAAUUCUUUUCUCUAUUUCUCCGAAACUCUUCCCACCGGUAAAAAAAUACAAUCGAAGAAGCAAACAAAAGUCUUCUCGACUUGUAAGGAUUUAUUUAUUUUUUCCCGAGAAAAAUCAAUGCAAUUGAUAGAAUAGGAGAAACUUCACAAAUUAAAUACAUUUCAAUCCAAUAGAAUCUCGAUUCUGAGCAUCUGGCCGGCGUUUUGAUUUUCUCGGAUUCUCCGCUGAAAAAGUUCCCAAUCUGCUGGAAUCACUUCUUUUAUAAAGUCUCUAGAUCUCUCUGUGUAUUAUGAUUUAGGACAGUGUGAAAGUCAAACAUUUUGAUUGAAAUGAGUUUGGUUGGGAGAGUUGGGAGUUUGAUUUCUCAAGGGGUUUACUCCGUCGCCACGCCGUUUCAUCCCUUCGGUGGUGCCAUUGACGUCAUCGUCGUCCAGCAGGAAGACGGCUCGUUCCGGAGCACGCCCUGGUACGUCAGGUUCGGUAAGUUCCAAGGAGUUCUCAAAGGGGCAGAGAAGUUUGUGAAGAUCUCUGUGAAUGGCAAUGAAGCUGACUUCCACAUGUAUCUUGAUAACUCUGGUGAGGCUUAUUUCAUCAGAGAAGUUGAUGAGACCAACAACAGUUUGAUUUCUAGUUCUGAGGAUAAUAGCAUUGGUAAUGAGAACCUCCGGCUCGAGCAUAGUUCAUCAGACGUUGGUUCUGCGGAGUUAAGAGAGGGUUUGAACUCUUUGAGCCGGCUUGAUAGGACGGAGUCUGAUAACAACAGGAGGUAUUAUGAUUUUCAGGAUGAUCCUCCUUCUCCUACCUCGGAGUAUGGGAGUGCUAGGUUUGAUAAUGUUAAUGUGGAGAACUAUGGAGAAGAAUCUGAUUCUGAAGUGGUUUUGGUGAGUGUUGAUGGGCAUAUACUGACGGCUCCUGUCUCGGCGGCGGAGCAGGAGGCUGAGAAUCUGAGGCUGAAUACUCCUCAGUUUCAUUUGGCUCCUGGUGAUGGGACUGAGUUUUGUGAAGGGAACACUGAGUUUGCUUCCUCUGAGACUUCAUGGGAUACUGAGUUUAUUGGUAAAGUGGAGUCAUCUGGUGCUGUUGAUAAUAUUGGAUCUGAAAAAGUAGACAUUGGUAGUAGUGUUGAGUGUAAUGCUGAAAGAGAUACUGUUGGGAGCUGUUUGGAGCAGUCUGAGCUGACACAAACUGGUGAGAAGGCCAAGUCUGAGGAGCCAGCUUCUGCUUUUGAGGUUGAGAAUCUUAAAGAAAGUGAGCUUGUUGUACCUACCACCAUCACAGAAAGUGUUAGAAGUGAUGAUGAAGUGGCUAUUGAAACAGUGACUACUCUUGUUGAUGGUUCUGAAUCUUCUACAACUCAACUAACAACAGAAGAAGUGAGAACAAGUGAAGAAGAAUCCAAGAUACCUGUUGAUUCUAACACUGAGUCAGCAUGUGAAAAUGAGGAGACAAGCCCUUCUGCAGAAACUGCCAUUUUGAUUGAGAACCAAGAAGGCGAGAUUAUAGAGUCAGAAGAGAGAGUCUCUAUAGAUUCAACGAGAGAGGAAAGUGAGCAACUAACUCCAUCUAAACCGGCUGAGGAGGAUAACGAGAACAUGAACACUAUGGAUUCACUGGCUGCGAUUGAAACAGAGCUGAAGUAUGAGCUAUCACUUUGCAAGGAUGAGCUUCGUCUUGGUAUGGGACUCAGCGCAGCUGCUGAAGUCUUUGACACGCACCGGAUCUCUACAGAAGAAUACAAAAACUCAGCAACAUCAAUCCUCGAAAGUGAGAACCUAGUCGUUAGGAUCAGAGAAACCUACAUGCCGUGGAAGAAAGCUGCUCGGAUCGUGCUAGGGAAAGCUGUGUUUGAUCUAGACUUAGAGAUUCAGCCAGAUGAUGUGAUCUCUGUGGAGGAUACCAAACCAAAGGAUGAUGAAGCAUCUGCAGUGACUCCUUCUUCGUCUGGAAGAAGAUGGAGACUCUGGCCCAUUCCUUUCAGAAGAGUUAAAACAAUCGAGCAUACUACGAGUAGUAACUCCUCGAGCGAAGAGGAUCUGUUUGUUGACUCUGAACCUGGCUUGCAGAACUCACCUGAAGUGCUGUCGACCACAGAGAGCAGACACGAGUCUCCGCGUAGACAGCUUGUGAGAACUAACGUCCCUACUAAUGAGCAGAUUGCGUCUCUGAAUCUGAAAGAUGGUCAGAAUAUGAUAACUUUUAGUUUCUCCACUAGAGUUCUUGGAACGCAGCAGGUGGAUGCACAUAUAUACAGGUGGAGAUGGGACACCAAGAUUGUGAUUUCAGAUGUUGAUGGAACUAUAACUAAAUCUGAUGUGUUGGGUCAGUUCAUGCCUUUGGUUGGAAGGGACUGGACACAGUCUGGUGUUGCCAAGCUUUUUUCAGCCAUAAAGGAGAAUGGAUACCAGUUGCUGUUUCUGAGCGCUCGUGCCAUUGUUCAGGCAUAUCUAACAAGAAACUUCUUAAAUAAUUUAAAGCAGGACGGAAAAGCUCUGCCAACCGGUCCUGUAGUCAUUUCACCAGACGGGUUGUUUCCAGCAUUGUACCGGGAAGUGAUAAGAAGAGCACCUCACGAAUUCAAGAUCGCAUGUUUGGAGGAUAUCAAGAAACUCUUCCCAGAGCACUACAACCCGUUCUACGCUGGAUUUGGAAACAGAGACACUGAUGAGCUGAGUUACAGCAAACUCGGAAUCCCCAAGGGGAAGAUAUUCAUAAUCAAUCCGAAGGGAGAGGUAGCCACAGGACAUCGAGUGGAUGUCAAGAAGUCUUACACAUCACUUCAUACACUUGUCAACGACAUGUUCCCUCCAACUUCGCUUGUUGAGCAGGAAGAUUAUAACCCAUGGAACUUCUGGAAGCUACCAAUAGCAGAGAUCAAUUAGAAAUGAGCUGCUGAUGGGUCUAACAUGGCAGCUCCAGAAAGUCAAAUGAUUGGACUUCUGGACCGUGUCCGAAAUUUGUUAUGUCUCAUGUAGGAGUUGACAAAAUAGGGAAAGAAUAAUAUAUAAGCUGUGACAAUGUUAUGUAUACGUUCUUAUAUUUUUAAUAAUUUUCUGUUUUAGAUACGCAAAGUAGAUUUAGACGAUAAUCUUUGCAUUUUGUAAGUAUAAGUUAACAAUUGUUGUAGAAUACUACUCAAUAUUACAACUAAA